AUGAUCUAAUUAAAUUCAAGUCCUCUGAUUGGACCUAAACCGAUCUUUAUGUAACCUCUAGAAUCUUAUCAAAAUCAUGAUAUUGACGACACUCAAUGUACUGAUGACUUUAAUAAUAAAUUUUUAUCAUAAACCAAUAACUCUCUACAAGAAACUCCAUAUAAUAAGAAUGAGAGAAAUGACUAAAGAAAAGAUGAUAAGAAAAAGGUGAAAUUUAAUCUAAAUAUUGUACACUGUCAAUUCAAUCAGAAAGAGCCUGCGAUUGCCAUUGGAAAACUAGUUUAAAAGUUGAUAAAUUAGAAACCUAAUUUAGAAUGGGUAAAUCCACAGAUCUCAAAGAUAUAAUGA